AUGGAGCUCUCCUUUUCUCCUUCCUCCCCUUCUCUUCGGAUUCGAGGCACCACCAAACCCUCUUGUUUCCCUUCUUCUUCUUCUAUUCGAACUACCAAAUCUCAAUCCCUCUCUUCUCUCUCACAAUGCACUACCAACCUCCACUCUUUUGGGCUAUACACUUGCUCUAGAACCUUCCUCAACUUCCAGCAGAGGCGAAAUUCCAUCUGGGCCUGCAGUCAAGCUGAAGCUGCUGGAUCUGAUCCGGUACUUACCAAAGUUUCAGAUUUUAAAGAUGCUUGUUGGAGAUUCCUGAGGCCACAUACUAUACGUGGAACUGCUCUUGGGUCAAUUGCUUUGGUGACAAAGGCGUUGAUUGAGAACUCCCAUUUGAUAAAGUGGACUUUGCUGUGUAAGGCAUUCUCUGGUCUUUUCGCUCUGCUAUGUGGAAAUGGCUAUAUUGUUGGCAUCAAUCAGAUAUACGAUAUCAAAAUUGACAAGGUGAACAAACCUUAUCUACCCAUAGCUGCAGGAGAUCUCUCCGUCAAAUCAGCAUGGGUUUUGGUUAUAUUUUUCGCAAUCGCUGGCCUCUUGAUUGUCGGAUUCAAUUUCGGGCCAUUCAUUACUUCUCUUUACAGUCUUGGUCUUUUCCUUGGCACCAUCUAUUCUGUUCCUCCAUUUAGAAUGAAGAGAUUUCCUGUUGCGGCAUUUCUCAUAAUUGCCACGGUACGGGGUUUCCUUCUUAAUUUUGGUGUAUAUUAUGCCACUAGAGCUGCCCUUGGACUUCAAUUUGAGUGGAGCUCCCCCGUUGCUUUUAUCACUACCUUUGUAACAUUGUUUGCUCUGGUGAUUGCCAUUACAAAAGAUCUUCCAGACGUAGAGGGGGACCGCAAGUUUCAGAUAUCAACCUUUGCAACAAAACUUGGAGUUAGAAAAAUUGCCUUCCUUGGUUCUGGGCUAUUGCUGGUAAAUUAUGUUGGUUCUAUAUUGGCAGCAAGUUUCAUGCCAGAGGCAUUCAGGCGUAGCUUAAUGAUACCUACCCAUACAAUCUUGGCCUUGAGUUUGAUUUUUCAGACCUGGGUGCUCGAGAAAGCAAGUUACACUAAGGAAGCCAUUGCCAACUACUAUAGGUUCAUAUGGAAUCUCUUUUAUGCAGAGUAUAUCAUUUUUCCUUUCAUCUAGACCUAGUCUGUAUUUUCUGUAUGAGAAACAGAGCGAGAGGGAGGGAGAGAGAGAUAGAGAUGUAUAGAGAGCGAGAAAGAAAUUCUAUCUGGCCAACAGAGUGUAGAUAUUGCCGUGAGUGUUGGAUGUUACAUGACUUACAUCCAUUAUGCAAUAAUUCUUGUAUCAAAUUCUCAUCUG